UUGACCUUUUGGCGUCCAUGGAAACCAGAAAGCUUGCGUUCUAAUAACCACGACAACACGCCAGAGCGUGCUUUUACUUCAGUAAGCGUCCUGUUACUUUGGUAACCAUUUGCACCAGCCUCGACUUGGUGCUGCUGUGAUUGCAACUUUUAAACUCUAGUCACUGUACUUAGUACGAUAUUAACGUUUAAUUCGCUUAUGCGCACUAUUUAAAAGCAUGCAUGUUUAUGCCAUGUGCAAUGCGAUGCAAUUCACUACACUGUGAAACGGCAAACCAUUUUAUAGCUUGCGGAGAAUAAAAGCUUUCAUUACCUAACUUGCUAGAUCCAGUUUAAGCUUUCAAAAAGACUUCAAGUCUCAAGAAGAAUUGAGGACAAUUGGAAAAACGUCGCUGGACGGUUAUUAAAGUACUUUGGAUCGGUACCAGUUUCCAGAUGAGUUGUGAAGGGGAUCAAGGACUGAAGGCUGUGAUUCAGAAGCUGGAGGAGUCACUGCUGAACCCAGACAGCAGUGCAGAGGAGAGGACUCACUCUGUGAAUGAGGAUGAGGAGCACUUUAAUGCCACACCUGUUCCUGCCCGUAUUCGUGAGAUCAUCACUAGAAACCUGACUGAAACGCCCAUAGCAGGGAGCAGUGAGUCGGAGGGAAACUGUUUGCCAAGGGAUAUUCCAUCUCAGAUGUGCAGUGACAGAGACCAGCUGCUCAACAGGCACUCUGCUCUCACCAGUAUGCUGGAGCAGAUGCUGUUGCAGCAGUCAGGAGAUUCAGACCAGCAGAGUGUGUAUGGUGCCGAGCAAGGCUGGCUAAAAGAAAACGGCAGAUCUUACAAGUUGAAGCUGCAGGCCUAUCAGGAGAGUCAACAUAGGCAGGCCCAGCUAGUUCAGAAACUACAGGCCAAGUUGCUCCAGUAUAAGAAGAGAUGUGGAACUCUAGAGCAGCAGGUGCUAGAGAAAACCUCUGAGGCGGAGAAACUAAGGCUUUCUUUGCAGUCUCACCUCGACUCUUCAGCACAGCGUCUACAGUGCUUUAAGGAGGAACACAACCUGGAUGUCCAGAGUAAACUGGCCCUGCUGGAAGAUGAGCAGAAACGGUGUUCUGGUUUGAGCCAGGUCAACGCGCUGCUUCGAGAACAACUAGAACAAGCUAAUGAAGGCAAUCAGGCACUGACGGAGAGCCUGCAGAAGGCACGAGAGGAGGCGGAGCAGAGGGACAUGCGACUGAGGAGGGAACUCGAGAUGAGUACCUCCCGAGUGCGAUCUCUCUGGCGGCAGGCUUCACUUUUGCGAAGUUUAUUCAGCCAGCUGCGGGCCUUUGCUGAUAGGAAUCUGUCAGACAUGCGAGCAGAGUGUGCAGUGGCUGGCCGUCAUCUUCAUAUGGCCUGUGUGCAAUUGGAGACCAGCAUGAGCCAGCACAGUACCCCCGCUAAUAACAGAGUAUCUGCACUGGAGAGUGAGCUGAGAGACAAGCUUAAAGAGGCUAUGCAGCUGCAGGCCCGCUUUGAUGCAGAAAAAGUCGAGCUUAGCUCAAGAAUACUGGAACUGGGUGAAAUGGUAAAGCAACUCAGAGCACAGAACAGUGAGAAGGAAGGGAAUCUGAAAGCUCUGCAGCACAGUUUGGACAGGAAGGAAAAAAGUUGGUGUGAGGACAGAACCGAGAGGGUUGCCUUACAAAGCGAGAUUAGCAGUUUGCAACUGAUACUCCACAACAUAAACAAGGUGGUUUGUGAAGAGAGUUGCUCAGAGUCUGCAAAAGAUGAGCAGGCUUCUCUCACUGUUUUCUCUUCUCAACGAGACAGUACUCUGAUAGCUGUGCAAAAAGCCCUCUUACAGAAACAGACACAAAUUCAGGAUCUGCAGGCUCGUUCAGAGGCUUCAUUAGAGCAAGUUGCUUCCCUGCGAGGUCAGCUGCAUGAAGUAGAGGAUGAACGCAGAAACCUGGAACAAAGAAUCCAGGAGUUGGAACAAGAGAACCAGCUUUUGGAGAGAGCUGAGGAGGAAAGCACCAGAGAUACCCAGAGAUACCGCAUCUCACUAGGCAAAGUCACCAGUGGAAAAGGAGAGCUGGAGAGGCAGCUUUCGGUCCUUCAACAGCAGUUAGAGUGUGCGCAUGCAGAGCAGGAAAGUUUAAGAAGCUCCUCUCUGGAUGUUCAGAGACAGAGAGACCUCCUCAGGCAGCAGAGGGAGGACCUGGAGAGGCAGCUGGCUCGAGAACGUUCUGAAUCUGAGAGAGGACGACACGCUCUCGAGCAGCUGGAGAUAAGACACUCUGAUGUACGUAAAGAGCUGGUCACGCUAAAGGAAGUUUUGAGUCAGCUGAACUUGCAGAAAGAGGUUUUGGAGGAUGAAAAGAGAAGUCUCACACAGGCUCUCUCUAGGGUGGAGGCCCAAAAUGCUGAGCAGGAACUGACACUUACCAAACUGCAAAGUGAAGAUGCAGGGCUAAAAGAUUCUCUGGCCAAGAUGGGAGCCCUGAGUGAGGGAUUGGCUAAAGACAAGGUUGAACUGAACCGCCUUCUUCUGCAGGUGGAAGCAGAGAAAGCAGAGCUUGGUGAACGCAGACGAGAGGCAGAGCUAGAGCGAGCGUCAGCCAGAGAGGAGAUAGCUUAUUUGCAGCAGGAGCUGUUAGACCUGACAGCAGAAAAGCGAGCUCUGGAAGCCUCACUUAUUCACCUUCAAGAGGCCCAAGUGACCCUAGAUACGGAGUACAACCUCCUGCAGCGGGAGAAAAACGCAGCCCUGGAGCAGCACGCCCAGGUCAGUAAGCAGAAGCAAGCCCUGCAGGACCAGUUAAGCACAUGUCGCAAGGAAAUGGAGCUGAAUGUUGCCUCACUUCAGAGGAUCUGCAAAGAGAGGGAUGAACUGGCAAAAGACAAGGCCAACCUCACAGUGCAACUCACUUCAGAGCAACGCAAAUCCAAGGCCCUGGCCCAAGACCUGGCUGCUCUGCGGUCUGAGAGAGAGUCUCUAGAGUCGGGCUUGCUUGAUGGACAGGAACUGGCCUCAUCGCUAGAGGCUGAUCGAGCUAAGCUAGAAGAAGAAAAAGCUAGUCUACAGGAGGCCAGUGAGGCUUUGACGCGUGAGCUGUCCAGUGUUCAGAGUAAACUAGAGCAGCAAAUGUCCCGGGCUUUGCAAGAGAAACAAGCUUUAGAGUUUAAAUUCGCUCAGGCUGAGAGAAAUGCACAGCAAACACUCAUUACCACACAGCAAAGCCAUCAGGAACAGUUACAUGCUGAGCGAAAGUACAAGGAACGCAUGUUAGCGGAGUUGUGCGCACAGAGAGAGAAGGCAGAGGAGCAGCUGCAAGCAAAGUGUGAGGAACUGCGCAUGCAGAGUCGCAAGGAGCUGCAGCAGCUGCAGGAGGAACUGGCCAAACUGCAGCAACACUGCACAGACACUCUGCUACAGGCCGAGAGCCAUAAACAGCAGGUCCUCUCUGAGAAAGAGGCUGAGAAGGCAACACUUAGCGAGCGCAUACUUAUGCUGGAGCGUGACAUGGAGUCAGCUGCGCUUGAAAAGGAUCGUAUGCGUCGUGACUUCCUAAGCAAACAGGAGCAGGACAAAGACACAGUUUUAAGAUUGCAGACUGAGCUGCAAUCCCAGCGUUCUCGUUUUGAGGAAUCUUUGAGUUCCCGCGAACUUUCCGAGGGUAACCUGAAUGACCAGAUCAGAGAGAUAUCUAUGCAGAAGCAUGAUGCUCAACAAGAGGUACAGCGGUUGAGGAGGGAACUGAAUGAGGUGGAGGAGAGCAGGGACUCUGGUCGUAAGGAGCUGAUAGAGGCCCACAGAGAGCUGAGGGAGUGUUUGCAGAACAGGGACACCCAGCGGCAAGAAAACUUGGAACUAAAGAGGGCUUUAGGGGAUGCUGUGAGAGAGAAAGAGACCAUCCAGACUUCCAACCAAAAACUUCGAACAGAUUUGAAGAGAGCGGAAUUUGAAAACAACAGUUUAAAGCGAGUGGGAGAGGAGAAAGAUCAGAGACUGGCAGUGUUGGAAGAGUGCAAAUCCUCCCUCCAGCAGGAGGCACUAAAGCUGAGAACCAACAUGCGUGAACUUGAGAAAUCUCGACUGCAGGCACGCAGAGAACUCCAAGAACUGCGCAGACAGGUAAAGACACUGGAGGGUCAGUGCACUCAGCAAGGGCACGAACUAAGUGACAUGCAAGCCAGACUAACCCAGGAAGAACAAAGAGAAGAGGAAAUGAGAAGAGAUAGCUUUUCUCUCAGACAAAGAGUACUGGAGAGUGAUGCUGGCAGAGAAGCAGCCCUGAAAGAGGUUGCAGGCCUGCAGCGACGGGUAGCUGAGCUGGAGGAAGCGCAAAACAAGGACAAGGAGUUUCAGCAACAACGGGAUGUCAGCCUUCAAGAAAGUCAAGUAAAACAGCGCAAGGAGACGGCUCGUCUGGAGGGAGCACUGCAGGAAGCCCAAGCCCAGCUCAGAGAGUUAGGUCUGAAGGUCAGUCUAGCAGAAGCCCGCGCCCAAGGGCUGGAAGAACAACUGGGACAGAAUGAUGCUAUACGGAGAGAUCUCGAGCAUAGGCUGAACAUUCUCAGUUCUACUCUGAGACGUACUCUUGGAAGUGGAAGACGUUCACCCACACCUGGAGAACGUGGACGCAGCCCCUCACCAUGGAGAACACGCUCACCUGUAAAAGGUGACAUCAUGUCAGAUGAGCAUGCCAUGGGGAGGAUGUCAGUUAGUUCUUUGUCCCCUUCUCAUGGAGACAAUGGAGAGCUGGAUCUGGAUGCAGUUCAAACAUCACUGCGCAAUUUCCAGCAGGAGCUCAGGGAUGCACAAAGAGACCGGGAUGAGGCCCAUGCACAGGUGGAAAAUCUUGGCAAACAGGUGGAAAGCCUGAAGUCCAGUCAGGAGAGAAGCAAUACAAGUAUCCAGAUGCUGAAACAGUCUAUUAGAGUGCUUGAGGAUGGAAAGCGUGAGCUGGCCGAGCAUUUAGAAGAGGCGCAAGCAACCCUUUCUUUACAGAAUGAGGCGGUACAGCGUGGAGAAAGAGACAAAAGGAUAAUGAGUGAAGACUUGGCCAACUUGACAAAAAACCUACAGAAAAUGGAGACAGAGGCAAACGCACUGCAGGAGAAGUUACAGCGCUCUAAAGCCUCUGAAGAAUGUCUUGAGGCUGAGCAUCGCCGUAUGAAGGAGAUAUGUGAGGUUGCAGAGGCCAGAGCCAGCAGGCUGGAGCUUACACGGCGAGGGUUGGAGGGAGAACUCCAACGUGCCCAACUCCGAGCCACUGAGAUGGAGGCUGAAGUCAGCUCACUGCAGGAACGCCUCACCAACCUUCGCAGAGAGCUUGGAAGAAGUGAAGAGCACACAGCCUUUUUGAAGCUUGAGAGUGAAAGGUUGGCAACUGCCCUGGCACACGCGGAACUGCAAGAAACCCAGCUGAGAGAGCAACUGCAGGCUAAGACUGCAACACUGACAGACAUCAACGCUGCAGCAGGAGCAGCGAGAGAUCAGUCUGCACAACUGCAGCGAGCUCUAACAGCCAGCGAGCAUGACCGAAAGAUGCUGCAGGAGAGGUUGGACAAGACACGGGAGGCUCUGACAGACAGUCGGAAGCAAAAUCAUUGCCUGAGCGAAAGACUUCAGAGCUUGCAGAGAAUUCAGGAAGAGUCAGAGCUUAGGGUCUCCGAACUGGACAAACAGACAUGCUGCCUGCAGGAGGCUGUGAGACGGAUGCAUCAGGCUGAGCAGGAGGCAAAAAAGAGCUGUGCACACCUACAUGGAGAGAAGGACCAGCUACAGGAGCAGGUGACUGCCCUGCAGGCCACUCUCCAUCGGCUGGAGGGAGAGAAAGCUGAGCUGGAGAGGAUGCUGGUUCGUCUGGGCAAAGACAGGUCCUCUUUAAAACGCACCCUGGAGAAGGUGGAACAGAAUCGCCGCAGGAAGGAGGAGGAGGCAUUUCACUCUGGGCGUGAGAGAGAACAGCAAGAACAAAAAGUCCAAAAUCUGGAGAAAGAGCUAAAUGAUGCACAAUUGGAAAGUCAAGCACUACAGUCUCAGAUCUCUAUCCUGGAACAAACUUACUCCCAGAGGCUCCUGGAAGUGACAGCUCGGCACAGGCAAGAGCUGGAUGUAGAGACAGAGCGGAUGAGGGACUCCCAGAAACAGGCAGAGAAAGCCCUGGAGGCUCGCGAGAAAGCCCAUCAACAGAGGGUUCACUGCUUGGAGGAGCAGGUGUCAACACUAAAGGAGCAGUUGGAGCAGGAGAUGAAGAGGAGGCAAGCGUAUAUGAGGCAGAUGCUGCAAUUGAGGCUCUAAAAACCCCACUUGCCUGGGAUUCAAAGUGACCAACAUCUAACCACUGACAGCUGUGUCACAAAACAUCUGUUUCUCCUUAAAGCCGUAUAACCAAUUAAACAGGACCAUUACAUGCAAAGCCAGAUUAAAUGUUACACACACACACACACACACACAUUAAAACACCUGAAUCACUGGUCUCAGGGAGAAUAGUUUUGGACUAAAAUUGUUGCAGAAAUAGUUUAAGUAAUCCUGAUCCACACUGUAAGAACCCAAUAACAACAAACAAAGAGAUCACUGUUUCCACAAACACUUCUCAAUUGGCAAAUUGUUUUAAGGAUUUGAGAAGCAAACUGUUGAGAAAUACCAUAAAUCUACCUUUAGUCCACUACUGUUCUUUUUAGAGUAUUAAGCGAAAUCUUACAUCUAUAUGAAAAUUUUAAACCAAUUCUUAAAGAACUGUACUUACCACUAUAGGUCCUCUUAAACGACUACUUAAAUCACACAAUUUUUGUUUUUACUUUAUAACAUGUUUGAAACUCUGUAACUUACACCAUUGUUGUUAUUAUUUAAUUACAUUAAGCCAUUUUGAGUAUAAAAAUCAUAUUAUUUUGUUCGUAAACAUUUGCCUAAUUACAAGCUGAAUGAAUAAACAAUAUCUGGAUAGAAAAAUAACUGAUGAA